UACACGUAUGAACUCGAUAGAAAAUUAUGUAAUACAGAUUAAUUACUAAAUGUGCUUUGUCUUUCUGCUAUAUUGAAAGAUACAAGAAUUAAAUCAUGUUAGAAGCCAUAGAACAAAGUUGCAUUUUGGCUUAUUUUGGAAUAUUCUUUACAAUUCUCUUUGCCUCAAUGUUAAUAUGGAAGUUUGUCAACGUGUUAAGGGUACAUCUCUUCUCUCUAUGCACUUCGGAUUUGAAGGAAUUCGGACCGUGGGCCGUGGUGACGGGAGGAAGUUCGGGAAUAGGAAGAGGUUACGCUAACGAACUGGCCAAACGAGGUUUACACAUUGUAAUCGUAAGUAACGAAUUGCAGGCUCUGAAGGCUGCCGCCGAAGAAAUUACAAGUCAAUACGGAGUAGAAUGUCGCUACAUUCACGUCGAUCUCAGCCACGAUAAUGCCUACAAACACGUUUUCAGCAGACUGAAGGAUACGGAUGUUGGCAUUUUAGUCAAUUGUGCCGGUGUUCUGGGUGACUUUCCGUGUCAUAUAUUAGACGAAAGCGACAGGGAUGUGAAUUUAAUGUUAGAAUUACACAUCAAAGCGGUGGUUCACGCGACGCGAUUGUUUUUACCUUCGAUGUUAGCUAGAAAAAGGGCCGCCAUCGUUACUGUUUCGUCAAUAGCCUCCAUUAUACCUUUGCCAUUUUUGAGCGUGUAUUCGGCGUGUAAAGCGUUUUCCGAUCGUUUCACUCGAGCAUUGUAUUACGAAUAUAAAUGGAAAAAUGUGAGUUUUCAAUCUCUUACUCCCUUUAUUAUUUGGACGAGAAUGGUCGAGGAACGCGCUAGAGGUUUGAAACAUAUCGAGUUGUAUAAAAUAUUAACCCUGGAUAGAGAUAUAUUCGUCAGAAAUGCUGUAAGAACAAUAAAUCUUACGGAUCAUACAAGCGGUAAUUGGUUUCUUGACAUCGUUUGGUAUGCUGCAUUCAAAAUUGUCAAUAUUUUCUGGGCAUAUUUUGUAGUUAUCAUGGCACAUUUGUUUAAAAAGUCUUUAUAUAAAUAUAAACGUAAUAAUUAAACAAAUUUUUCUUUAUUAACUCUUAUAGAGUAUUUUAUAAUUCGAAUUUUAAUCGUGGACCAAACUUUGAUAGAUUAUAGUUUAUAAAGACAAAAUGUGAUGAUAAUAUUAAAUAGAUUUUCGCAAUUGUAAUUAAAGUAAAGGCGUACAAAAUAUUCAAGAAUUGUCAAUCGAAUUGUUACAUGAUUCGCGAUAAAUUAA